AUGGUCGUUCUUAUCACAGGCAGCACCGGCUUCCUCGGCGGCCACUUGGUUAAGGAAGCCUUCACACGCGGCCACAGCGUCCGCGCCGUCGUGAGAACGGAAGCUUCAUUCAAGAAGCUCGUCGAUCAAUUCCCUCAGUUCGCAUCGAAGCUUUCCCAUGUCGUUGUGACGGACCUCACCAAGCCAGAAUCGUUUCAAGAGGCGUUUGAGGGCGUGACCGGCGUCGUUCAUGCCGCUUCUCCCUUCAAUCUUGAGCCAAAGAAUAAUGAGGAAGAUUUGCUCAAACCUGCUAUUCAAGGAUCGGUAGCCAUACUCGAUGCUGCCCUACGUUACGGAAAGGACGUCAAGCGAGUUGUCGUCACGUCGUCGCACGCCUCUGUCGCGGAUAUUACCAAAGGGAAACGAGUCGGCUAUGUGUACAACGAAAAGGACUGGAACCCCAUCACUUAUGAGCAGGCCGCCGACCCAUCUACAGACGGCGUAACUGCGUAUUGCGCUUCAAAGGCCCUGGCCGAGCGUGCCGUCUGGAAAUGGGCAGAGGAGCACCCCGACGCACCAUUCGACGUUGUCACGAUAACUCCGCCGUGGAUCUUUGGCCCCUAUGCCACUGAACUGACCUCCACGAAGCACCUCAGUGAAAGUGUCCGCCUCAUCUACAACCUCUUGGGCGCCAAAGACGUGCCCGAGUUUGACUUUGGCGGGUAUGCAGAUGUUCGCGAGGUCAGUGCCGCCCAUCUACUUGCCCUUGAAGUGCCGGCGGCCGGUGGAGAGCGCUUCUGGGUUGGGCAGCCUCUCCGCUGGCAAACUGUGGUGGAUAUCGGGAGAGAAGAAUUUCCCGAACUGAGAUCGAGACUGCCAGUGGGAAAGCCAGGAUGGAGAGAGGAUGCCUACGGUGUGGAUGGCAGCAAAGCAGAGAGGGUCUUGGGUCUGAAGUAUUUGACAAUGAGAGACACUAUCAAGGACACAUUUUCCCAGCUUUUAUCGGCGGAACGAGCUGAAGCAGCGGCAGCAUAA